AUGGAUCCGUCUACCUUAUUCGCCCUUCCCACAGAGCUCAUAUCACAAAUCUGCGAUAUCCUUUAUCACACCCAUCCAUCGAGCUUGCUCAACUUUGCAAGGUCUAAUAAGGCUUGUUAUACCAUCGCCUCCGCUUUCUUCUCCCGCACCAUCUGGAUCUUCGCAGCCGAGCCAGAAGACCUGAUCACAGUUGUCCAAGAGCAUCUCGAAAGGUUACACCGCCUCGGCGCUCUCGGGUGUGUCCGUCGCUUGGUAAUAUACGGCCCAGGCGUAGACUGCCCGAAUCGUGAUACGCCCCCGGAUUCCUCGGCGCCUAUGGCUGUGGCUGAUCUAGAAGGUCGUUUCGACAACCCUCGGUUAAGUUUCUAUCUAUUUGACGAAUCGCCGGUGGAAAAGGUACACGAGUUUGAUAACAGAUGGCUGCCAUUAGUCGACCUAAUUCGACAAUUACCUUCAUUAGCGGAUCUUAUAUAUCAAUGUCCUGGCCAAUUCCCACCUUGUCUACUGCAGGCUUUACAUGAGCAUCUCCCUAAAUGUAGGCUUCAUAUCGACAACUUCUAUCUACGCAGCCUUGUCGCCAACCCACCUAUCGCGGACCCUUAUGAAUUUAUGAUUGCCACCUCGCCGUGCCUUUACAGCAUCAGCAUAGCGGCACAUCAUGAUGACAAGAGCGCGCCAUCGCAUCAUGUUGGGGCAGUAUUUCGUCUAGUUUCGGGGUUAGCUCCUAACUUAAAGGAGGUGCACCUGUUCCGCAAUAAGAAAUGGAAAUGGAAUGCGGAUCAGGAACACUCCUCUUUCUUCCCGCCUUGGGGAAACCUACCUAUAUCCAAAGCAUGUCCUGGAGUAUUGGGAUCGCUGUCAUGCUUGCAGCUAUGGGGACCUGACGACGAGGGGUCUUCAAUCACAGACCGAGUCAUAACAGACUGGAGCAUGCAUACUGACUUUACCGUACUGCGAGUCCUCAGAAUAAAUAGUGUAAUCGGCGAAGAUGUUCUCAACAACUUAGUAAAUGGUUCUCAUAACUUUCGAUCUCUUGAAACAUUAGUCCUCACCUUACGCCAUACUGGAGAGCUCGCGCCUGUGGCUCGCGUGUCUUCGUUAACAGAGAUGUUAGUCUGCGAUUUACAGGGACUACAUACUCUUGAAAUUAUAGGAUGGUGUAAAAAGAUCGCCAUAAGCACAAAAUUGAGCCCCAAGCUGCGAAGUCUUAGAUUGCGGCCCUGCUAUGAUCAAUACCUUACAUGGCGGGAUAUCACCAACAUUCGAGCACGAUGCCCCAUGAUCGAAAAUCUCGAUAUACCUCUCCUCCGUACCAAGGGCGACGCAAACGAAGUGGCUCUGUAUGAAGCACUCGGUACUUUACCCAAACUAGAGGAUCUUGCUUUGGAUCUGUAUGUGCCAUUUCGGUCUUGUCGUUCUGGCGAAGAAGUGCCGCGACCUAAGCCUUAUUUUGAUGACUUCGACCGAGAACUCCUUACCGGGUUCAAUUUUUUGAAAGGCCACGUUCGAGAUGUUUUCAUCAACAAUGCCGUGGAUGGAACUCUUGUCCGAGCUAUUUUUGAAACCAUUUCUGGAGUAAAGGGACGCUAUAAUCUCGGCCGGCUAGAAAGACUAAAGAUAGACGCUGGGGGCAACAGAUGUCUUAGUAUCUUUAGCAACAAGUUCCAAAUUUUAAGAAAAUAUGGUGUCCCGCUCUAUGGUACAUGGCAAGUCGAUCGUAACCCGCGAGACGAUUCACGCCAAGUAUUAAUCACCAAGAGACUUAAGCAAAAGAAUAGGGAGUUGGAGGAGAGGCAACACAAUGAAGUCGAUCAGCUUUUUCCAGAGAUUGUGGCCGAUCCAUCCGAGGUGGAAUCGAUCUUUAGGCGGAUCUGGCCGGAGCGAUGGGAAGGUAGCGACUGGUGGGAUGAUUGGUAUAGCUUCCCUCUCUCGAAAUCUACUUCCUGA